AUGGACAUCCCCAGGAGCUUGCAAGACUUCCUAGGCUCGGGCGCCGGCGACUCGGCGCCGUGCACAAUCAUCGACGGCCCGGUACGCACGCGCUCGGGCGGUACGGUCUUGCAACGCGAGGACGACGACGGCGGCCCGGCCGACGAGGCCGUGAACCAGGAGGACGGGGCACCGUUACUACGCGUCGGCGCCGUCGUCGACGCGGCGGCCGUCGCGUUCGGCGAGACCUACGUCGAACAAGCGAGAAACGGCAGCGGCCCGCAAAAGUUCCGAGGCACGAUUGUGGCCGCGACGGUGAAUGACGAUUACUGGAACGUCAAGUACGCGGACGGUAAGGUCUAUGCGACGGAGGCGCAGCACCUCACGCUCGUCGUCGAGGAGGCGCCGCAGCCGUAUCCGGUCGGCACGUCCGUGGAAGCCCUGUGGAACGGCGGUGCACGCUUCUACCCGGCGCUCGUCGUGGCCGCGCGCGAGGGCGCCGUCGACCUCAGAUAUACGGACAGCGACGAAGAGUUUGACGUGCCGUUGGACCGCGUCCAGCCGUUAGCGCGCCGCCGCCGCUCAGUCUACGCCGGUGAAGCGCCGGUCGCGUUACCACCGCCCGUGACUCCUGUUGCAGCGACGCCGCGCCGAGCGACGGCGCCGGCCAUGGACGCGUUCGAGAUCAAUUCCGCCAACGACGGCUCCGGCCUGGCCGUCGGCGACCGCGUGUUCGCGGCCUUUGAUGGAGAGGCCCAGGUCUGGUGGGGCGGGACGAUCGUGGAGAGCACCUUGUACUGCGACGGCGAAGACCUCCACAUCGUCUUCGACGACGCGUCGGACCACCACAUGUGGGCGUCCACCGUCGCGCGGGCGCUUCCGCCCUCGAUCACCCUGAACGUCGACCGGCCCUCUCGCGCGGCGCUGGAGAAGAUAGAACGUCUGAAGGCUUCGGGCGAAGGCCGGAAGCGCAAAGCACCCGACAAGAUCGACCCCGAGUUCCUCGCGGCAUCCCCCUACGGCGAGCGCGCGCCGCGCAAGCCCAAGCCGCCCCCGAAAAGACAAGUGAUGGCGAGCGUCGAACUCUACGCCGGAUCAGGAGAAACCUCGGCCUGGUUGAGGGACAUUGGCUUCGCGACCACGACCGUCGACGUAGAUCCGCGCUGCCAAGUCGACGUCGUCGACGACGUUUUGAACCUGCCGAGGACCUUCUGCGACCGCGCAAAUGUCGUCGUCGCGGGCGUGGAGUGCGGAACGUACACGUACCUCCAGGGCGGCGCGCACCGCUCGCUCGAGCAACCGGAGGGGUUUUCUCCCCAGGCGUUGCAGGCCAACCGCGAGGCCGAGCACCUCCUCGCCAUGUUCCGCUCGGCCAAGCGCGCGAAUUCGAAGACGAUCUUUCUCGUCGAAAACCCUGCUGCAUAUAUGCAGCACACUGAAUUCGCGCGGCGCAUGGAGAUGGAGCUGGGCCUCACGCGCCUGCGGGUGACGUUCUGCUCGUUCACGGUCGGCCCCGAGCGCGUGCGAAAGCCCACGCACCUCUGGACGAACUCGCGCGUGCUCAUCGGCAUGUUCAAGGACGACAUAUUCUACUGCACGCCGGACAAGCCCUGUGGUUGCGCCAAGCACAUAUCGGUCCGCCCCGCGCCCGGGGCCGGCUACCGUUCGCGCGACGCGGCGUGGUGGCCGGUCGAGUUCGCGGCCUUCGUCGCGCGGAUCCUCGCCAACGAGGCGCGCUCGCUCGCCGCCUAG